AUUUUUUUUCUUUCGCAGAACGCUCGUGUAAAUGGUCCCAUGGUCUGUCACGAUGCGGUCGACACUAACGUUGAAUUGUGUCCUCGCGAUGGGCCUCUUUACCUGCAUCGGCGCAAUCACCGUAUCGAUAGACCGUUCCGAUAACAAACCUCCACCAACGCGAUCAUCGAUGAUUGCAAACGGCUGGCGGCCGUUGACGAACGGCUACGAGGAGACGAUCGGAACGAACGUUUCCCCAUCCAGCAACCUCGAGCGGAAUGGUCCUCUUCAUCCAGUUCUAGGCAAGCUUCAAGAACACAUGGCCGCCUCUGAAAAACUGAAACCUCAACGGAAGGGUAAACCAUCUUCCUAUCACGACUACAAUCCGCCCAGUAUACUAGGCAGCUUCACGGUCCUCGGUCAUGCUGCCGCGAAAGCACGCGGCGAAGCUCAAUCUAACCACAAUCAUCCUAAUAAACAUGUCGCUUCUGAGACGCGGGAGUACACGUUUCUGAUACCUCCGCCGAAAGACGCGUACCGUUUCGACCUGGACCAACACCGGAAGCCCAUUUUACGAGACAGCUCGACGUACUUGCGACAGCCACAAUUUGGCCCGCCAGUGCAUCAGCCUCCGGAUCCAAUAAAGGCUGCCACGUAUUUUAUUAAAGGAUAUACCUCCACCACGAAUUCUCCGUCUUCACCAUCUGCACCCACGAAAAAUAGACAUUACGCUGAACCUUACGUCCCUCAGUUGCUGCAACCACCCAGGUAUCACGUGAAGCCGUUUGAAUCUCUAAAGGUGUCCAACAACGCGAAGCCAUAUUUCCAACCACCUGGUACAGCGCCGGCCAACGAUUUUGGAAAGGAUAAACGACUAUCAGAUUACGAUCACAGACAGAAUCAUGACAAGUAUCCUGGACAGACUCACAACGAUCACGUUAUUAACCCAGCUAGUACAGGGAACUUUUUCAGCCAAGUGAACCAUCCUUCUCAUUCUUUCAAGACGUCGUUCGAGAGAGAUCCCGCGUUCCUGGUUCACGAAAGCCACGAAAUUAGUUACAUCACUCCACCUUCUGUCUACAAUCCGUUCAACUUUAGACCUUCGUUGCCUUACGAAACUCUACUUCCUCCUGAUGUGUAUUCAUCUUCUACUCCCGCACCCACUACUCCUCGUACGCAGGAAUCGAGUAAAUUCCAACAACAAAACAGAGAUGCUGUACAGGAUUACAAGAGACCAAGUCAAAGUAAUACGAGUAAGCAAAUAGAGAGCGGAAUACAAAGUGAACUGCUGCCGACAGCGGGUGUUGGUAAUACCUACUAUGUGUCAGAAGCUCAGGAUCUAACUCCACCACCCUCCUCAUGGCCAAUUCCGAAGAACAAGUAUCAAACGUCCGACAUAAAUGAGGUUCUACCUCGAUUGAAUCCUCCGUCAAAGUUCAACCAAGAGCCUAUAGUGUCUAACCAGAUCCCACAGGCACCAAAGGUAGUGUUCAUCGGCCCUCAAUCUCAGCAGCCACAGUUCCAGACUUCUGUUUUGCCGAUCGAUAUUCGACCAGAAAGCGGAGAGACGGAAUACGAGACUCCAGAAAGUAUUUCACUGAAACAUUUCAACGAACAACAAUAUUUGAUCCAACAGCAACUGCUGCAAAGAGAUCGGCAAAGAUUGGCUGAACAGGAGAGGCAACAGCAAUUGGAGAUCGAGAAGCAACAGCAAGAGGAAUUGAAGAAGAGGCAAGAGGAAUUGAGGCAACUGUUGGAGCAGCAAAAGGAAGAGGAAGAGGCUAGGCUGGCUGUGGAAUCCGCGAGGAAUCAGACGCAGGAAUUGGCGAAAGUCACGGAGGAACAAUCGCCUUACGCGAUCCAGUUGGCAGGAUACGAGAUCCCGAAGGUUACCACAGACCUGACCGCGGUGAUUACCGAGCAGAGCAGCCUUGGCGAGCAGCCAAAAGUUCAACAGUCUCAGGUAACCCAGCCCGACUACGUGUUCUCGGAGCGCCCCACUGGCCAGGGCCAACAGUAUCAGGAUCACUCGCAGAAUCAGCAAGAGCAAGUGAAUUAUCGAGAACAGCAGACUGAUAUACGGCCUCAAAGACCGCACAAGCCAUCGCGCGAACACUAUAGGCGACGAAAACCGAGUACCACGUCGUACGAGCCAACGCCAACGGAAGCUCCGAUCCAAGUUCCAGAAACCUCUGCUCCGGUGACGUUGCACGUUGAGGAAGUGCCUAUACAGACGACCACCAGAACCACGCCAGAAACUGUGACUCUGGCGACAGUGAGCACGCAGAAACCCAGGACUCGAAGACCAGGUUCUCCAAUACGUCGAAGAAGACCAACGACCACUACUUCUGAACCUGUCACUGUACCAUCUGCAGAGGACUUCCUGAAGUACGAAAAACAGGAAGAAGCGAUACAUCACGUAGACGCUACAAAACGAAAACGAAUCAAACCUACGCAAUCUGCUUUUGAAGAUACAAUAGCCGAGAAGAAAGCUAAUAUCAGAAAACGGCCUGGUCAUAGAAACAGGGUGAACCCAGGCGAACCCUUCGAAGCUGAGAUAGUCACAGAGAUCGUGCACACUCCUCUAAACACGUACAAGAGUCCAACUGAAUCCAUUCAACCCUAUAACGAAUACACUACUCGUUUCGUGACCAAUCAACCUAAUCAACAAUUCGAUUAUACGUCUCCAAAAUUCGCGACAGUGGAGGAUACUACGCAGACCAUACCGCUAGAAUAUUACACUGAACCGACAAAGGCAAGACCAGAAGAAGAUCCAAACAACGAAAGUUAUAAACCGCAACAGGGUUUAGAUGUGGCCACGAAUAUUCCCCUAGAGGAUUUGUUUAUCAAAACAGAGGGUAAUUACUUCGAUCGAGCGACGGUGUUAUCCACCAGCGCAAGUAUAAGUACAAGCCCAAGUACAAGCCCCAGCGUCACCACGAUCGCCUCAACGACGACAUCCACGGUGCAAUCGAGCACGCAAGCGCCACCCUUAAGCUCCUCUACGAGCAGAUCCCACAAGAUCCGGCCGAUCAGGUACGGGAACACGACCAGGCCGCGCUUUAGCAUCAAGGACUACAAGAGCCGGAUGGAUUACAAGAGCAGAUUAGCUCAAAUUUCGAGCACGGAGCCGUCUGCGACGCCAGCGCCACACACGAAGCAAAGAGGUUCUAGUCUAAAGAGUCAACAAAGUCAGCAGCAGAACAUAGAAGGAGCAAGGGAGACGACAGGGAGAUACAAGUACGUCUCGAGGGUAAACUAUAGGACAUCUUCGCCGAAUCCUCCAGUGGUGAAAGAUCAAGAGUUGGUGGCUGAAGAUACAGCUUCUUCGACGACCGAAAGAACCAAUCGUUUUGUGCCAAAGAGAAGACCCAUCAACGGUAACGUGUACAGAAGCAGAAUCUCAGGAACCACCAGUAGCCCCAAUAGAUCCCAGAAUCAUUACGAGAGUGACUCUCAGUCGAAGCCAAGCACAGUUAGAGCCGAGAACGUAUUUUCUUCGUCGGUUCGACGACGACCUGUGAUGAAAAGCAGACUGUCGACGCAGAGGGAGAGUUCGACCGUAGCGUACACGGAUAGAAAAGAAACGGAAGCCACUGAAAUGGCCGCGGAAGAAACCAGUUUCUAUUCGUCGGUCACAACCACUGGCACCACCAAAGUGGCUGCUAACGAGAUCCCCGUUGAAAAGGAAGAACCACCUCCCACGAACGUUCCGAUGAGAUCGAACGUGGACGAAGAGGUGAACGAAGCGGAAGAAAGUGAAACUGGACUGAGUUUUCACCCUGAAAAUGAGAAGCCUGUAGGACCGGUUCAUACCAGUACUGACAAAAGUGUAGACGAAAGUCAACUGAAAGAAACUAGUAUCACCGAGCAACAUUUUACGAUGAAGACAGAGGAAACCACGAUACCAAACGACAAUAAAAGCACGGAAGCUACGACAGCGUUCGAAGUUCGAUCGGAAGAGGAAGAAUUGUUUGCGAAAGCGUCGCAAAGCGUAGCGGACCUGACCAGUUCUGCUUCUGCUCUUUACGAUAAACCUGGAAUGUUCAAGGCCGUGUCCCCAGAAAGCAGAGUCAUCACCUCGCACUUCAAAAUCCCCACGGACGAGCCGACUCUCCCCAUCGAGGCCUUCUUCCAGGAAUUGUCGAAGAAGAGCUAAGUGAACACUUUAGAGCUUUUUAUCCUUUCAAGAGAUCUUUUUCUUAAUCGAGAAGGUCGAUGAUGGUAGCUCUUUAGAGUACCAUUUUUAGAGGAACUUCGAGUGUUUCACAGUCUACAAUACGUGAUCGUGGACGUAACAUUUCUUUGUGGAAAUUAAUCGAGGUAUUAAUUUGAGUUAAAAGGCGAUUGAAUGGUGAUUUCUUUAUUUAAGGAAGGUGAUGGUGAGAUUAAUUUAUUUAAGGAAAGAAUGCUAUAUUAAGUAUAACAAAAGAUGAAAGUCACUCACUUAGACUUUCUAGAUUUCUAGAUUCAUUCUUUUCGUAAAAAGCUUUUAUAUAGAUCCAAGGUGUAUCUAAAAAAAUUAGCAUGUUUGUAGUUAAUGAGUUUCAUUUUCUCGACAGAGAUUCGUUAUUCAGCAUUUAUUCGACUCACAUUUUUAUAAACUCACACUGACCAAUUAGAGGCUUCAAUAUUAUUCUUAUAUAAAUUUCUCGAUGGAAAUUCUAUAAAAGAUAUAUGGUUUAUUAUGAGACAUAAAUUUCGAAGAAAACAUAUUAAUAGCUUUAGUACAUCGUAUUCGAAAGAUAUGGUGAUCAUUAUCUAUUUUAUACGUUCAAACUUUAUCAAGCUCUAUAAUCGUUAAUAGAGGAGUUUGUACUCUCUCUCUCUCUCUCUCUCUCUCUCUCUCUUUAUUGGCCCAUUAAAAGUCAACGAUGUAUGAAUAUAAUAUUUGUUUCAGAAUAUUUCUCAGUUACUUUGCAUUGCUGAAUUGUGUCUUCCAAGAAUGAAUUUCAAGGACUUUCUUGAUAUCUUUCUCGUUUAUAUUUCUACCAUCUCCUCUUCUUCUUUCUUUAUUUUAUACUUUCGAUCUAUAUGUAAUUCAUUUUACGAGAAAGAAUUAAUUUUCGCAGAGACAUCAUGUCCACGAUCUCCUUUACUUUCAUACAUCAUUUCUUGCGUUGUGUAAAAGAAAUUGGGAAAAUGGAAAAUACAAAGAACAUUUAUAGAAAUGUUAUUAAAUCGUAAAAAAUAAAAAUCCUUCGUUUGAAAACUAACGGUUGGAAAAUAACGAUUCUUCUGCGGAUGUAGAAAAAAAGAAACUAAAAAAGAAAAAUUCUAAAGAAUGCAAUAUAUAGAAUAUUCACAUAAAUAUUACUAGAUCGAUUUGUUUGAUUCUGAAUGAAAAUAACGAUCAUUCUAAGAGUGAAAUAAGUUGGACAAAUUUGUGGGAAUGCAAUACGUACAAUAUGCAUAGGAAUAUCGUUAGAUCAAUUUUAUUAGAUAUCCUGUGAUGAACAUUCGUUUUACCAUCGGAUUAGUAACUUCGUGGAAAAAACAUACCAAAUGCACGUGCACUCGAUUAGGUUUAAUUAAAAUUAUCUUCACCUUAAUCUAGAUGUAUAAAUUAUUUAUUUAAAAUCACACGCGCCACGUGACCAUUGAAUCUCGUUCGAUUAUCGCGCUGAAGCAUCCCUUAUUUUUAACGAUGGCGUGCGAUAUAAUAUUGUUACUUAAGCAAGAUGAUAAAAUAACGGAUGCUAACGGGAUGUUUCUGUAAAUAUCAGUAACUUAGAACGUCUAUUCUUGUUCCAAGCUAAUUCGAUGCUCGACGCUGAAUGUUAUUUAACACCGUAUAUGUUACGUUAUGGAUACAUUGACGCUGCUGAAAAUAGCAUUGGACCGUCCUUAAUGUUGAUAACAAUGUUAAUAUUAAUAGAUACAUGAAAUUAUAUUAAAUUAUAUUAUACGUAUAAUAUUACAGAGGGAGAUGUAAUUUUCGGUAUCGAAGUAAAUGGAAAAUAACGUAGUAGAAUCAAUAUACAGAGAUGUAAAAGAGGAGAGAGAAAUUCUACGAAUACAAUAGAACAUUGUUCGUGUGAAAAAAGAAAUGCACCAAAGAAGAAUUUAACGAUCCUCUUUCGUCAAUAAGUGGAAUUCCAUGCUUCGUACGGUACCAUUCAAUUCGUUCCUCUCUUAAACAAUAGAUUCAAGAAAAUGAUAUUUCCUGCAGUAUAUUUUCCACUUACUUCGAUCUGCCUUUCAAAAAAAAUUAUCCUCUUCUGCGUCGUAAUAAAAAUCGCGGCAAACAACGUCGAUGUGUCCGUUUCUACGCGGAACAGUGAAAUAACGAAUAAGGUCGGUGUAUCGUGUUAUUUAUAUAUUAAUUAAGCAACUCCAUGUGUACACUGUAAAUAUAUUAUAUAUAUAUAUACAAUAAAUAUAGAGUACAUAAAAUAUCUCGUUAUUUACAUUAUACGUUUACGUCGUCGAGCGAGGGAAUGCAACGUGUUAGGUCACAAGUCGAAACGUACCCAGAUAAUACGGCAUUAAUGUUCCAGAUUCCAUUCACAAAUCCGUUUAAUGAUCCAUUUAUGAAUAUAUCAGUCCGUUUCAAUCGGUAACAUGACCAGCCAUUGACGGUCGAGUAAAAUACUAGUUUGAGUAAAAGCUCCCUUUCGCUAUGUAAUUAAGUAAAUGAGAACACCUUUUAAAGUGUGGGGGUGAGGGGGUGAGGGAUCACACGAAGCACAGCACGGUCGCCCAUCACAUUAAUUUUCUAUCACACUCUGACGAAGACAAAAUAGUACUUUACCCGGCUACGUGCAUACAAUAUACAUAUGUAUCUUUAUUAUAAUAAGCGUCUCUUCGCCACGAAGAGGAACGCGUUAAUCGAAUUAUUAUUUCCUUACAUAGUCCGCAUUAAUUACAUACGAAUACUCAUUAAUAACGUAUUACGUGUGUAUAUAUAUAUAUAUAUAAUAGGUGUAUAGGCCUACGAAGAUUACUUUGAUUGUACCUAAUUUAGAAUUAUGCACAGGCCGUACAUUACACAUCUAUUACGCGCGCAACGCGAGAUACACUAGUCGACGUCGUCCGAUGAAUUUCGUUAAUUAGUUGUCCUUGUAAAACUCCCAUUUUCGUAAUUGACAAUUAGUUUUUUUUUCUUUUUUUUUUCUUUAUUUCGUUUCUUCCUAAUUUGUUCAGUCAUCCAAGGUACCCUUGUACAAUAUUCCAUAUACGUAUAUACAAUAUAUAUAUUUAUAUAUUUAUAUGUACACACACAUAUAUAUAUAUGUAUAUAUGUAUAUUAUAGAUAACAAUGUAUCAAACUAUCAGACAAAGUAGGCACACGCAUACCAAAGUAUUUACACACUGCCCGCGCAAGGAUUUGCGCGAGCCAGAAGUGGACGUUGCAGCUAAACUUCCGGUAUAUGUAUAUGCACAUCGAUAAGUAUUCACGCGCGAGUACAGUUCUCUAUACACGAUGACAGAUCGUUCAAUGGGAGGAGGGGGGGGAAGGAUCGAUGUAUCUACGCGUAUAGAUCGCAGCAACAAAUUGCUGCCAGAAGUUCGCAAGGGGAAGUAGAAACGACUAUCAAACGGAAAAGCAAACCUGAGAUUCGCGAAUCUGGUCGUCUAACUUCGACUUUAAUCGAGCCUAGAGCAAAAAUUUGUGCGUCUGCAAUUGAAUAUUUGUCUUGUUCCUGUUACACGAUGCGACGCUGUCGUAAAGGAUGUUGGUCUAUCGACAAUUUAGCAAUUUCGAUUUUUAUCCUUCUCGUUAUAAAGAUCUUUUAAAUAACAUCAACAGUUAAGUACAAUUUAGGAAUGAAGAAAUAAAAAAAUUUUUCAGUGAAAGGGAAACGAUUAUAAUUUCACGACCUUCAUUUUUCUUCGUCUUUCGGGCGUAAAAAUGCGACCAAACAAUAAUGGACGCGUUGUUGACGUUAUGGUGGUGACGUCAGUAGACAACAAUGGGUUAAAUUAUGGCUUUAAUUUUUACAAUUCUUACAAUGCCGAAAUAAAUGUCGAGUUCAAUUCGCAAGAGGUUAAUGUUUAUUUUUAAGGAAUUGUCAAAUUCAACUAUAUAUGAGAAAGAAACGACAAAGACAAAGGCGUCAGACGUGAAAAUUUUUACUCUGGACUGUUUUCUCCAAACUAAUGCGUAACGAUUACUAAGUUACUGUUUUGGUCUAUAAACAGAUUGGUCCUUGUACGAAACUACGCGGGGGUAGUUUGUGUCGCGAGUGCGACGAUGAAACGCUCGACACACGCCUAGGAAACGAUGCUACACGCUUAUCGAUGUACGACACAAUCCGCUCGAGAGCUCGUUCUCUCACACUAAGAUAAUAUAUUUACUAUGAAACCGCAGGCGAAGAAUAAUCCUUUCGGUCUUAGCAAAAUUUAGGGCAGACAUGGGCAACUGGUGUCUGUACGGGCAGAGGAAUUUCUACUGUAACCUAGGGUAAUACGAUUUACGAGCACAGAAAUCAUGAAUUCCAGGGAAAUAUGAAAUUUGCAUGUGAAUUAAGUAUAUGUAAAAACAUUAGAAAUUUAUUAAUACGUUUUAAUUAUGCAGAAAUUUGUCUCUACAUUUAGAAACUUAUUAUAUUCUAUUUCAACGAUAUUAGGUAAAGUAUAUUUAAAGGGUUUGUAACACUCGUUACGAAGAAUAACAAACUUUAAUGAAGAUUUUCUACACUCCAUGUAAAAAUUUAUUGUUCUUUUUUACACUCUGUAGACAAACUGGAUCAUUUAAGCGUAAUCUUUCUUUCUCUUAUCUUACGGUUCUAGGCUUCAGAAAGAUCUGCAAAAAUUCUGUGAUACUUAUCGUAUUACACAGUCCUUUCGAUAAGUCAAGUGCUUGAAACUUUUCUCAAUGGAAAUAAAAAUUCUGUUGGAUCAAAUGCAACGGUGAAAUUUCGCUUGGAUUAUGAAUGACCUAGUUUGCUUUGGAAGUUGUUACUAUCCUUUAAUGAUUAAAGUUAUUGCAAUUUUAUCAAAAAAUUAAGCUAUUUUAAGCGAUAACUCAGAUCUAAUAAAUGCGUUUGUACUAACAGUGUUAUCAUCAACGAACAGACACGAGUUGCCUAUGUCUUUUUCGAAACACCAGGAUUUUCCAAGCCCACUAUCUUUCGUAUUCCGUGAAGAAUUUUUUAACGAAUCGGUUUCACGUGUUCCGAUUCGACAAUCGGCAAACUACUAUCGAUUAAAAUGAAGAUAAUACCAGAGAAAUACUGAAAAAGUGGAAGCACAAUAGCAUAAUCAGGCUUCGAUCUAGAGAAAAAAAGAAGCUGCCUAAUAAAUUUGCAACUCAGGAUUAAUUUUCUUUUACAUUAGUUUCUAAUCGACAUCUUCGAUAGUGCUAACGUCGAAAUUAUAUCAAAAUACGAGGACCUUCUCCUAGUUUUGUUUACGCGUCAUUACAAAUUCUCACGUGUCUAUGUACAACGAGAAUACAAAAUGGUAGCAAUGUAACAAUCAGAACGGUAGAAUUUUUUUUUAAAAACGUACUAGAAAAAGGAAGUUGCGCGAUAUACCGUGUGUGUGUAUUGUAUAUAUAUAAAUACGACGUUAUUAUGUAUACAUAUAAUUCACGGAAAUACUUGUCUCCUAUAAACCUGCUCUCCAUUUGUAGACAGCGUUUUACGAUAUAACGUAACUAAAGCUGAUAUCAGGUUUCUGAUGCGCUAUGCUUAACUAUCGUCAGUCCUUCGGCUCGGUCGCUAUUUUCUUCUUCUUCGUUUACUUAAUUUACCAUCUAAAAUCUAAAUCUAAUUCCGUGCGUGUAGUUAUUGACGCGAGCAAUGAUUCAUUUCCUUUAUUCUAAGCUUUUACGAUGACAGUGUGUCAUCAAUGAUUGGUUUUAUUUGGAGGCAAUGGGACCACAAAUUAGCUUCAGAUCUGCCCUGAAGAAGUGAAAUUCAACGUCUAUGAAACGUCACACGAAACACAUACGCGAUUACUUCGAAAAAAAAAAAACCAAUAAUAUGAGACGCAUUUGUCGAAUUCGACGUUAUAUUCGAUAAUAAAAAUUUUGAUAAUGAUUUUUGUAAAAUGACAAAUCCCUGAAGGAAAUUUACUAUAUUUAUAAUAAGUUCGUUCUCCCGUUUGAUUAAAUUCAUAAACUUCGAAGAUUUCGGUGACGUGCAGAUUUUUUCAAGAAAAUCAACCUCUUCUAUUCCAUUUAAACUUUAAUUUGAUACUUUACAAACAAGAUUAUUUUAAAAAAGAAAAGAAAUUAGGACUUCCAUAUUCUUGUCUAUCCUUUCUUCAAAUGGAAUUGAAAAUUUCAGAUAGAAAAGUUCUAGGAUGAAGAGAUUUCGAAUACAAUUUUCGAUUAAAGUCGUGAAAAAUUUCGAAUAGAUGAGAAUCUUUCGUGUAAAAGAAAUCAAUAUAUUUAUUUACUAUUAUUAUUAUGGACUAAGAUUUUGUCCUCCAACUUUCCAGCAUUGCAAACGUAUAAAAGGUUUUGAUAUCAGAACUGCAGAAACGAGAGAAGGAUAAUAAAUAAUAGAAAAUUGCAUAGGAGUGACAGACGUAAUAAAAAUGGCAGCGGCUGUUGGUGUGAUUCGUAUUCAGGAAGAUGCUUUUAAAACGUCAAAGUUUCCAACUUUCAGUUCCUACGAUAUUAAGUUGAACUGCGGUGGAGGAAAGAGAAGAAUUACUUUUCGGCGAAGUAUGAUACUGUAGGUUCGCAAAUAUCAUGGAAAAGAAAAAAUUCCUUCGUUAAAUCUGCAGUAAGCGAAAAAGUCAUUCUGAAGCGGUCAUAACGUCAAGAAAAUUGAUUUCGAUAUUUCGAAUUAUUUCAAUAAAAUUAUAAGAACUUAUUGUCCAUAACGAAAAUGUUAUAAAAUUACGCAUGUAUUUCUCGAAAUAAUUAUAAAUAAUGCAAUUCCAUUAGUUGGACUCGAAACAAUAAAACACUGAAUUGAUUCGAUUUAGUACACCUGAAUAUAUUUUAAUAUUGAAGAAAUUUUGUUGAAGAUUAAUUUUCCCUUCGAAUUAUAACUUGUCUGUAGAAAUAACGCGAUUCGACUUCAUACUGUUAAUCCGAAGCAUUUUAAUCCACGACUAAUAAUCUACUUUCCUCGUCUUCAUAACUUCAAGAUAAAAGACAAGGAGGAUGAAACAAUAGAUAGGACAAUUAGCUGAUUUCCAAGUGUUUUAAUCUACUUAUAGAGUUACUGUUAUACAAGAGUACCUAAUAAAUUCAAUCUGUUAGCCCUAGUAACUUAUGUCUUGUAACUUGUAAACUUUUUCUAAUAAGAUUAGUUCAGUCGUGCAAGAAAGUCAAGAAAGUAAGGAAAAAGAUCAUAGCUCGCCACGAAAAACUCGGAUAAAAAGAGCAUGAAACACGAAGUAAGUGGAAUGCACCAAGUUACCCGCCAUACUUCGCCAGAUGUUGCAGAAUAGGUGAUUUAUGGUUUAAAAGUGUUAGAAAAUUCAUGUAAUGAAAACUCAGUGAAGAAUAACGUAGAAUAUCACAUGACUGAAGUUACUCAGCAGCGCAAACGAAAGCUUUUAUCUUAAUGGAAUAUAUAAAUACUCGACAGGCUGGCGAAAUGGGCUUCCAGAUCUGUUUUCACGAUCAAUAAACGUAUCAAGGCAUUUCUUAUUCACUUAACUGAACUUCACACGGUGAUAUCUCUAUGUUUCCUUCUUCAAUGCAAUAUUUAUUCGAAUAUCUGGUUGUUUGUUCCCGUUUCGCUUCGUUCCGCCUUUCUUUUCCUAUUAUUCCUUUAAAACAAUACAUUUGUGCAUUUUCUAAAAGAUUUAAGUCCAUUCAAAUAAUCAAAAACCUAGGAAUCCUUUCUAUUCUUUACACGCGAUCGAAAUAAAGCGAAAGACGACUUCCUAUAAUUCUAACUAAUUCUUCGUUUCUGAGGUUGAAAAUUUGUCAAUUUGUUCAAAAGUUCGAACGAACUUAUUACGUUUGUGAGAUGUGUAAUUGGAUCUACUUUGGUAAGUAAAACAAUUUUAGUGAAAAUUCGCUCGGAUGAAUGUUAUACGAUUCAGAGGAAACCACGUGGUUUUCAAUUUUGUAUUAUUAUCAGUUUCUUAAAAUUUCAAGAUCGUCUGCAAUUUUUUUAGGUAGAAAUCGAAUUCUUUUGUGGAACUACUGGAUAAUAUUAAAGAGGCAAUUUAGCUGUGUGUAUUAAAAUGGUCAUUAAAGGGGACUUUUAAAGUGCAAUCAAUAAGUGGUUCCUUUGAAAGUAUACAGUAUCCAUCUGAACCAAUUCUUACUAAACUUAUUACUACAUCGGAAUAUUUGUAGAAAUUCAUAUUCUUGUGGACAUAAUUAAACAAAAUAAAAUGCAAAUAGAAAUGCUGCAAUUAAAUAUUAUACCGAGUACAUUAUUUCGGUAUAUUGUGUAUGUAUGCAUUGUAAAUAUUUACCAUACAUGUACGAUAAUCAUCACGUUAAAUUUUCCAUAAAUACACAAUGAUUAUUACGUAGCAGUUAUUAUCCAAAAGACUCCAAUUACAUAUUUCAUGUAAUUUAUACUAAAAUGUAGUAUGAAAAAAUUCCAUUUAAUUUAAUAAUUUAACAGCGUGUCAAAAAAGUUUGUCGAUCUUCAUAGAAUCACUUAAUUU